AUGAACAACGUGUUGCCAUAUGGUUACAUUCGAAUGUUGAGAAAUAUUGAUUCGAGAAAUUUCUCAAUAUUCUUAUUUGUUGACAUUUAUUCCUUUAUUCGGAUCCUAUUCUCUUUAUCAGAAUGUCUGGCCCACUUCAAUGUUACAAUAUUUCAUGUGGUCAAACGUAUCAUGAAAAUGAGAAUAAUGAUUUGGCUUGCCAAUAUCAUUCAGGUAAACCGUACUUCCAUGAUGGUUACAAAGAAUGGACCUGUUGUAAGAUGCGUUCACGAGAUUUUUCAAUAUUCAUGGGAUUCAAAGGAUGCACAAAAGGACGACAUUCGAAUGUAAAACCCGAGGAGCCAGCCAAACCACCAACUGUCAUUGAAUCCGAAUGUCCAUCGGUCAUUCAAAACGAUGACGAUGAGAAUGUAAAACCCAAGGAAACAAUCGAACCAUUCGUUCCACCGGAUCCCAAUUACGAACAAGAGAUUGAAAUAUUUGAAUCGGUCAACGUAGCUUCAGCCCCACCGGUUCCUAAAACAAUUAUGAUUUGCAAAAAUUGUAAAAAUGAACAGUCCACAUUGAACCUAGAUGGCUCUUGUCUUUACCAUAAAGGAGUUCAAAUUUUCCAUGAUGCCUAUAAAUUCUGGAGCUGUUGCCAACAUAAAAAGUUUUCCGAUUUUGAAGAUUUCCAAAAAUUAACACCAUGUGCUCGAGCAGAUAAUCAUAUACUUAUAGCCAAAGUGGAACACAAAGAGAAUUGGUUUCAAACAGGCGGUAUGAUUACCAUUGCUUUAUAUGGAUUAAAAGGUGCACGUCGUGAAUCUCGUGAUGGACAAAAUCGAUCCAAAGUUUCGAUUCGAGGUGGCCGAUAUUUGUUUGCUCGUUUGAUCAAUCAUGAAGGUCUGGUUAUUUUUGAAAAAGAAUGGACCCUUCAAGAUUAUAUUAGCCAUGAAGGUGGUAAGGUCACCAUAAACGUCUCAAAUGUACAGAUAGCAUUGAAAAAAUCAAAUGAAAGUUAUCAUUGGCCUAAACUGAUCAAUGAAUGAAUGAUUUAUGAAUUAGUAGAUUUUAUUGUCAAUAUGAAUGAGAAAGUGAUUGUAAUCGUUUAAUACUGGAAGCCCUAUCUUUAGCCUGAGCAUCCAUAAAGCAUGCAAUGAACAAUUUGAUUGCACUGGCAAAAUUA